CACAGGGUGGGGAGAAACCAGAGUCCUCUAAAGUCAAUGCAAGCAUAGGGGGCUGCGGCUGGGAGAGGACCGCUCUCUGGGAAAUCUAAUAUUGGCCGUGGGGCUCUCUAGCCCUUUGGGAUUUCCAAUGGAGUCUUAGAAGCAGCUGAAGCAGCAUGAAGGGCUGCAGCCCGGGGCCAGCCACAAUUUGAAUGCUCUGCCCUGCAGCUCUUCUGGACAUUGGAGCCCAAAGUCCUGCCCUCACCAGCCACAGGUCACAGUUUUUAUCCACGUGAAUGCACAUGGCUUUCUUACGAAAAAUUAAUCAGGUGUUGCUGUUUCUUCUGAUUGUGACUGUCUGUGGGAUUCUGUAUAAGAAAGUUCAUAAAGGGAUGGUGCUCAAGAAUGAAGCAGAGGAUGGCUCUGAGACUCCGGAGGAGAUGGAGGAUGAAAUUCCCGUGGUGAUCUGUGCAGCGGCAGGGAGAAUUGGUGCUGCCAUGGCUGCCAUCAAUAGCAUCUACAGCAACACUGAUGCCAACAUUUUGUUCUAUGUAGUUGGACUCCGGAAUACUUUGUCUCGAAUACGCACAUGGAUUGAGCACUCUAAACUGAGAGAAAUAAACUUUAAAAUUGUGGAAUUCAACCCAAUGGUCCUCAAAGGGAAGAUCAGACCAGACUCAUCAAGGCCUGAAUUACUCCAGCCUCUGAACUUUGUUCGAUUUUAUCUCCCUCUGCUUAUCCACCAACAUGAGAAAGUCAUCUAUUUGGAUGAUGAUGUGAUUGUACAAGGUGAUAUCCAAGAGCUGUAUGACACCUCCUUGGCGCUGGGCCAUGCGGCCGCUUUUUCAGAUGACUGCGAUCUGCCCUCAGCUCAGGACACAAACGGACUCGUGGGACUGCAGACCACGUACAUGGGCUACCUGGACUACCGCAAGAAGACAAUAAAGGACCUGGGCAUCAGCCCCAGCACUUGCUCUUUCAAUCCCGGUGUGAUCGUUGCCAACAUGACAGAAUGGAAGCAACAGCGAAUCACCAAGCAGCUGGAGAGGUGGAUGCAAAAAAAUGUGGAGGAAAAUCUCUACAGCAGCUCCCUGGGAGGCGGGGUGGCGACCUCCCCGAUGCUGAUUGUGUUUCAUGGGAAACACUCCACCAUCAACCCCCUGUGGCACAUCAGGCACCUGGGCUGGAAUCCAGAUACCAGAUAUUCGGAACACUUUCUGCAGGAGGCUAAAUUACUCCACUGGAAUGGAAGACACAAACCCUGGGACUUCCCUAGUGUUCACAACGACUUAUGGGAAAGCUGGUUUGUUCCUGACCCUGCAGGGGUGUUUAAGCUCAAUCACCACAACAGCUGAUAUAACCUGAUGUUAUGAACAUGCCCGGUACAAAAACGUGGAAUUGUCCAUGUGUAGCCUACCAUAACAUUGUUCUUUAUGAACAGGAUCUUUCACACAAUUGAAAUAUAAAAAACAAAACUCCUGUGUGCAAACUGUACCUUGGACAACAGGGACUGAUUUACUUCCUUUUGGAAAUCAAGAUUAGGAAAAGUAUACUGUUGAAGUAUAUUGUUGAAAGAAACCCAUCUACGUAUCGCCAAUUAAUCUGCUUAACUAUGCAUUACAAUUAAAUCCAUGCAUUUCAAAUUUUUUCUAAAUGUAUUUUUCAUGUGUAGGUAUUUUUUAAUGGGUUGCCAAUUUUGUCUUUUGUAGAAUAAUAUAUUAUUUUAUUUACGGAUGUCUGAAAAAAUAAAAUGUUCAUAGAUUUUUAUGAUUUUCAUUAUGUAUCUUAUUCAACAUGCUAAG